AUGGAACAAGAACAACAGCCAAUCAACAAAACAAAAAAAUCAGUUCGCUUCAAUGUGCCUUCGGAUCCACCCACACCCGAACCAGUAUUACCUGAAGCUCCUCUACCGCCACCCUCGCUCACAUAUGAGAAACCUUCGUGGAGUGGCUUACCUCAAGGAACCUUUUCGUUUGAAGUGAUAAAGGGCGGUGUAUCAUUGGAAAUUAUUGAGUUGCCUUUUAAAGAUUUUAUAGUACUUGGGCAUAGUUUUUUAUACGACAUGAAUAGUGCUCAUGGUACCAUACUGAAUCGAGUACCAAUAUCACCACAAACAUACAUGCGGCUUCGCGUUGGAGAUCAAAUUCGAUUUGCAGGUCCGCCUAAUACAACCAACUAUACACAAAAAAAUGUGGUUUCAGUAAAUACCGGGGUUACUUGGGGUUUCUCUGAAGACGCUGAUGUUGAGAAGGAGGUUGGAGAGCUAGUUAGUGCGGAAACUUGGAAAAGAGAUGAGAAUGCAUAUUAUUAUAAAGAUCCGAAAAAAGCAUUGCGCAAUUGGUUGGAUAAUCGGGGUUAUGAUAUGGAGUUUGAAAUAGAAGAGGAAGGUCCAAUACAUUCACGAACUUUCACUGCUAGGAUUCAAUUACCUGAAGUAGAGGAUGCAUUUGGUCCAGUUUAUGGUAUAGGAAGUAGCGCCAAAAAAAGAGAUGCCGAGAGGCAAGCAGCUAUAGACGCGUGCGAAAAAUUAGAUAUGCAUGGGAUAUUACGUGGUGGUGUUGAAGAAACAGCCGCUAGAAAAAAACGACUUCGUGAGUUAUUGGAUAAGGACGAUGAUGAUAAAGAUUCUUUUUAUGAUAGAACUGAUAUAAGCGAGCGAAAAAAGAUGCGGAAGUCACAAAAGAUGGUUCCUCAAAAAGUUGAAACUUAUGAAUCUUUAAUUAACCAAAAACAGGAAGUGGAGAUUCAAAUUGAAGAGCUUCGAUGCAGGAUAUCUGAGGUUGAAGAAGAAUCUAAGCAAAAAUCAGCAAAUGGUGAUGAACUGGAUAUUUAUAUGAAUGAAUUGCAAAAUAGUAUAACUGGUGCAUCCACAAUGGAACUAAAAACUUCUCUACAGUUGUUAAUUAAGCAAAGUCAACGACUUACAAGACUUAUUGAGAUCACGAAGCCGCCCGAUAUAUUGGGAAAUAAGUCGAUACCAUCGAUCAAAACUAAUAUUAUAAGUCAUCAACCGGAAAAGGAGGAACCAUCAAUACAAACAAAUAAAAAACCGGCUCUUAAUAUCUCCAAUAGUCAUGUAAUAACGGAAGAUGAUGAGACUAUAAAAACAACAAUACCACAAAUAAGGAGGAUAAAAAAAUUGACACCAAACCCAUUAUUAGAAGAAUCCGAAGACAUGACGACUAUACCACCAGACCUAAUAAUAGACAAAUCAGCAACAAAGGAAGCUCCUAAUCUAUACUCGGCAAAAGAGAAGAGAGCUAGAGUGAUGGUUCCAAUGACACCGCAAGAAUAUGAGGAGCAGGAGAGAAAAGCAAUAGAACAAAACGAACUUGAAGACGAAGAGGAAAUAACUGCUUGGGAGCCUCCUAAAGGACAAAUAGGCAUGUGCUUUUAA